GGCAGUCUGACACGCAACAGAUUGUGAUGAAGAUGCGACGAUAAUUAAUUGAUGAAAUAACCCGCAAAGAAAAACACAUUACACGAAAACUUGUUCAAUUCUUCAGAGGACUUAAAUGAGUACAUUAAAUGCAGCAAUGGUGUACGACGACAUUUUACUUCAAACCACAUCUCUUCAAAUUGUGUUCAUCAUAUUUUACAUUAUAGUAUUUCUGCUUGGAAUAAGCGGUAACUUGCUAGUCGUUUAUGUUGUCCUUCGAAAGAAGGCAAUGCAAAGUACAACAAACAUUAAUAUAGCUAAUUUAGCUACAUCUGAUAUUAUGAUGGGCUUAUUUGCUAUUCCUUUUACGCCUUUGACAUUUUUUAUGGAAUCAUGGAUUUUUGGAGAGUUUUUAUGUGCUUUAUUGCCGAUGACGAUGUGUAUAUUAGUAUACGUGUCAACUCUUUCAUGUACAGUCAUAGCCGUGCUCAGAUAUUUUGCCAUUGUUUACCCCCUUAAACCAAAAAUAGGACGAUGUACGUGUUUCGUUAUCGUAGUUUUCAUUUGGACUUUGUCCACUGCCAUUUCAUGGCCUCUGGGAUAUUUCAGAAAAACAAUAAUUGUGAAUGAUACUGUGAUAUGUCGAAAAACAUGGCCGAAUGAGCAGUCUCGGCAAUCCUUUACUUUUACAAACAUGAUACUUCAGUAUUUGAUACCAUGCAGUAUAAUUAUAUACUGUUACGUGCAAAUUUCACUGGCAUUGGACAGACGUUCAAAGUCUCGUGUUGUAAGGAAUAGCACAGAUUCUGAACGCGAACAAAGAGAAAUACAAAGGAAACGCCGGACGAACAAAAUGAUGAUUUAUGUUGUUACGAUAUUUGUCGUCUGCUGGAUGCCAUUGAAUCUGUUUCAUAUCAUAUCAGAUUUCCAUCAGACAUACUCUCCGUACUAUAGCCUGAUUUUCUUCAUAGCCCACCUAGUGGCUAUGAGUUCUACAAUAUAUAAUCCAUUUAUAUACGCUUUCAUGAGCGAAAAAUUCAAGACUGAAUUCAAAGAUUUACUGAGGUGUCAACAGUUUUGUGAAUAAAAAUCCGAUGGAUAUAUUGUAGGAUGGACUUUUAAUUCACUGCCACGUUUUCUAGGAUUUAAUCAAAAGUUAACUAUUUUAUUAAAGUAAACUGUGUCAUACGUUUGAUAAGAUUGUUUUCUUUAUUUUCAUAUCCGUACAAGAGAAUGAUUCUUUAGCGAAAGUACGGAAUGCUUUCAUUUAAUCUGAUUUAUUUGUAACAAUUUAUUUUCGAUCUCUAUCAUUUUUCUGCUCUUAUGUUAUCUUAUUUCAUCAUUGCCUGGAAACUUCUAGAUAAAGACACAAAAGAUUCAUGAAAAUGGGUCAAUCAAAUACAUUCGAGUCGACUGUAAUCUUUAUAAAUUAUAUCAAACAGAGCCUGCAACCUUCAUAUUAACAGUAUCUGAAACACACACACACACACACACACACACACACACACACACACACACACACACACACACACACACACACACACACACACACACACACACACACACACACACACACACACAAAAAAAAAACCCAGCAAAACAUUAACAAAAAAAACAAAAACAAACAAACAAGAUGCAAUAUCAUGAUAAGAUACUAAAGCUUGUUCAAAAUAUUUCCUAGAAGUCCGAGUGCUCUGACCUUUAAUUUAUGUUACAUUUUUUAUUGAUUGGUUUAGGCUAAGUAAGCAAACUUCUAUGCAAUGGCAAACCUAAAAUAAACAAGACACGGAAAACCCGCUAAAAGUUCAAAGUAGUUUCUGUUGGAAAAAAGAAAACAAGUCAAUCGAAAUUGAACAAAAAAAAUGAAAUCCUACGUAAAAAAGAAGCAAUAUUGAAAUCAAUCUCAUUGCGAUUUUUUGUAUAAAAAAGGAAAACUAGUUAUCAAGGUCUAAAAGUGUGUUAUAUGUUAGAAUAAUGGUAAUUGCGUAAAUAAACUCCAAUUUGUCACACAAAUCUAUUACAAUUAAAAAACAAAAACAUGACCUUAACUUUCCAAAUUUUUAUUCUUCCUUUCUUUUUACUCCUCGUCUAUAUCGGACCUUACAAAAGGUACCUGAUACCAAACAAUACUGCUAUUUAUGUUAUUUCAAUAUUUCAUGUAUUCAUAUUCCUGUAAAAUGUAGAACUGUGUUUAUGAAUAUUCCUUGUGAUAAUGUCUAUUUUACCUGUAGUUACACAAUUAUUUGUUCUGAUACAAAUGUGACAAUUUGUACUUGUUGUCUUUUGUUAUAAAAACGUUUUCAAAUAA